AUGGCGCGUGUGUCAAAGGAGAACAUGCUGCUGCUGUUCACGGUCGCCGGCGUGGCGAUCGGAGUCGUAAUGGGUUUAGCGCUUCGAGAUCCCAGUAAUGCCUGGUCAAAGCGCCACCUCUCUUACCUGCGGUUUCCCGGCGAUCUUUUUGUUCAAAUGCUGAAGAUGCUCAUUCUUCCUAUGAUCAUGUCCAGCAUCAUGUCAGUUUCAUGAUUUUUUUUUUCAAAAUAUCCACUUCUUAGCAAGCAGAUUUUUCAGAAAAAACUUUAAUUCCCACAAAACAAAAAAAAUGAAUUAUUUCGAAGAGUCUUUCAUCCUCUCUUCGAUUGGUUCUUAAUCUCAUAGUUUUUUGGAGCUGUACCACAAAGAUUAAUCAUAAGCUGGCUCAACAGCAUUUGAGCUUUUUUAUUAUUAUUUUUUCAGAGCCGCUAGUGCGAAUGAAAUUCUGCUUAUCCACCGUACUAUUAAGGAAAAAAAAAACAUGGGUUGUCAAACCUGCACUUCGAGUUUUGACGCAGACAUCCCUAAAAGUUUUUUUGAGGGAUAAUUGAUAGUUAUGAUAAAAAAGAGUCUACGGAAACUUUAAGAGAAACAUUUCGAGCGAUACUCAACAGUUAUCACCAAUAGGGAGCGAAAAACUUAUUUUAAGCCAUCGUCGCUGUGAAAAAACAAAUUUUGUAAUCGUUUAAUUUAGAACUAGCUUGGCUUCGUUGGAUUCUGCAACGGCUGGACGACUUGGAGUAGUUUCCAUGAGUUUCUACACUUUAACCACUUUCUCUGCUGUUUUUCUUGGUUCGAAUUUUCCAAGUUGAUAUUAUCGAAAUUCCAAAGGUGCAGGUAUAUUUCUCGUCUCCGUGAUCAAACCUGGCAAAUGGACGACCACAAACGUUGAAGAUCUUGUGGGGGAAGUCAAAACGACUCCUUGCGUGGCAACUGCUAUCGAUACUGUCAUUGACCUCGUCAAGUGAACUCUGAAACGCACUGAUAUCGAGAAGAAGUUUUUUUUAGAAGCUGUUUUCCCUCAAAUUUGAUGGAAGCGACUUUUCGAUCCGAGAAAAUGUGCUUGAAAUUUUACAACGGAAGUGUUGAAAUUCCACCUGAGAUUGCCAUGACCAUGAGCCCUGGUGAGUUUUGAUGAAAAAAAAACUUAUGAAUUUUAUCUUCCCAGAACAACGAGCGCUAUUCACCGAGACGCCAGAAAGAGUCGUGUCGGAUGGGAUGAACAUUCUGGGAUUGGUGGUGUUCAGCGUCGCUCUCGGAAUCGUUAUCGGAGUGGUUGGUGAAGACGGAAAGCCACUGAAGGCUUUCUUCAAAAGUCUUGAAGCCAUAAGCAUGAAGCUCAUCUCAUGGGUCAUUAUGUGAGUUUUCAAAUUUUCGAAAUAGCCUUUUUAGAAUUUUUCAAUACGACAGCUAAGUUUUUAUUAUCCUUAGGUAUUCUCCAAUUGGCAUAACUUUCCUUAUCGCCGCGCAAAUCGUUGGUAUGAAGGACCCGGGACAAGAGCUUCAAAGACUGAUGGGAUACGUGAUCACAGUCAUUUUGGGCCUUUUCAUCCAUGCCUUCAUUGUUCUGCCUCUCUUGCUUCUUCUGGUGACUUUUUGGACAUUCUGAGAUAUGGCGCUAAAACUUGGGAAUGAUUAUGCUUUAAUUUGAAGAUCGCCAGGAAAAAUCCUCUUAAGUUCGUAGCUGGGAUGGCUCAAGCUCUACUGACAGCUCUGGCUACAAGCUCAAGGUUUUGAUUUGUUCUUCCGUAUGAGCAAAAAAAACCAAAAUAAUUUAGCUCAGCCACGUUGCCGCUUUCCAUCAAGUGUUGUGAAGAAAACAAUGACAUUGACCCAAGAGUCACUCGAUUCGUUUUGCCACUGGGUGCUACAAUGUGAGUUUCAAUUAAGAAAGUACUCACUGUAUAAUUACGAAAUUAAGAAACAUGGACGGUACAGCCCUUUACGAAGCAGUCGCGGCGCUCUACAUCUCGCAGUGUGUUGGACAAGAUUUGUCUUUAGGACAAGUCAUUCUUGUCAGGUUUUCAAGAGUUUCGUGUGGUUUUUCCAGUUACUUUUUUUUUAGUCUCACCGCUACACUUGCAAGUAUUGGCGCUGCUGGUAUUCCUCAAGCGGGUGAGUAAAACCAUUCUUUUUUUCUUUUUUUAUACGCCGAGAAAUACUUUUUUUCUUCAUUUUUUUCUAUUUAUACGCCAAAAAAAUUCGUUCAAUGUUGCAAAAAUCUUGAAGAUAGCAUAUUCCCGAAAAAAAGGGUUGCUGCAAAAAAAUAAUAAAAUAAUUUUUUUGGAAAGUCUAUUUAGCGAAUGAUAAAAUUUUAUGACUAAUUUUGGAAAACUUUGAAGCUUCACGCGGAAAAAUUUUAGAGGAUAACGGAAACUGAUUUUAUCAAAAAAUAGGAAAUUCGGUCUCUAAUUCUAAGUUUUCAGGCAUUGUCACAAUGAUCAUGGUCUUGAUCGCAAUUGGACUGCCUACAAACCUUUUCAUUCUGAUUUUCCCUGUCGACUUCAUGCUCGACCGUUUGCGCACAACGGUCAAUGUGCACGGAGACAGCAUUGCAACGGCUGUUGUUGCCAAGUUCUGCGAGAAAUACUUGCAAAAAGGUUUGUUGAGUGGUUUGUAUACACUGCGACGCAUAAUUAUAGACCCACCCUAA